AUGGGUGGUCUUCCAAGCAUGGCUGACGAAGACAUUGUCAGGGAGAUUUUCAGUGUCUGUGGGCCUAUUGAACAGAUAAGCCUAAACAGUGUCCGAGCAAGUACACAAGUAAAACACUUCCAAUUGCGCUUUGUCAAACUUGACUCUGUUGAGAGGGCAGUCAAGUUCAACGGUCAUGUACUGGUCAUUGGAGAUGGUUGCGACAGAAAAACAAAAAUUGGUCGCAUUCGUGUUGAUUAUGACAAACUGCCCGGGGGUAGUGAAGAGGUGCAAAGUGGCAUGGUAGUCAAGGAGAAAGUGCAGCUGCCUCAAGAUGAGAAGGAACUUGAUUUUAGCUUUGAGUUUACACGCAAACAGGCGUUCCAUCUUUUGGACCUGAUUCGUCAUGAUCAGGCCUUAACAGAGUCACUUGGUACUUUAACACAUUGGUUUGAAAGGGGAGAGUGUAACCGUUCUACAGUGAAUGUGUUCCAUGCAUUGCUUAACACUGUCAAUAGUCUGAUCAAAAGGUUGGUGAGCAGACGGAAGGAGCAUGGACAACGUGUAGAGGAACAGAAACAACAGGCUGUGGAAAGAGGCAAUGAAAUCAAACAGCAAUGUAAGUUAAGUCUUUAAUGCUUAAUAUUUAAUGCAAUUUGACAUAAUGAUAAAUGUCUCAGUAAUCACUAUUCAGGAAUAAUCAUGUUGUAUGCAAGGGUGUACCACAUCACAGCAGAUGUGCAAAAUGUUCCUGUGGGUAUGUUAAAAUAUAACCAAGGUGGGAGUAUUAAGUAAGUAAAAUUAAUAAUAAAAUAAUAAUAAUAAAGUUCUGGGGUCAGCAGUUUUUAAAGAUAGCACAUGACAGCCAUUUUGAAAGCCUCCACCGACUGCUUUUUCUUUUUGGUAAAGAGUUCCAGUCUCUGAUUUUAUGUGCGAUAAAACUGUGUUGGUAUUUGGUUGUUUUGGAACUGACUUGAAUGAAUUUCUUAGGAUGGAAUUGCCUAGUGCUCUGUCGCCUUUUAAAUAAUAUAUAGGGUGGAAAUUGUAUAGCUAAUAGACCAGAAACCACUUUAAACAUCAUUGUGAGUCAUGCCACUUUCCUUCUCUUCUCGAGUUUCUCGGAAUGUUUUUGACAAUUCCAGGAGUGGUGCCAUAUUCGUUUCUAACAAAACGUGCCGCUCAUCUCUGCUUACUCUCAAUUAAUGGCCCUCAUCUGUUUUUAAAUUAUUUUGUGGGUCCCAUGGGCAACAUCCAUAUUCAAUCAGAGGUCUUACUAAAGCAAGAUAGGCUUUCUCUUAAACAUUUUCUUGGCAAAUCUUAUUUAGAUUUGCUAAGCGCGGAAGAAGUAAAAUUGUUAUCGUGUCACUUGAUAAUGAUGUGACAUGAAACUUUGAAAUGUUGUGUACAAAUUUUUUGCUACUUUUUAUUCUUAAGUGUGUGAUGAAAUAAUCAUUAAUGAUUUAUGUUCUUAUGUACUAUCAUUAGGUGAAGCUGUAUGCAGGGUUUUGGAAGCAGCAACGAAGCAGAAAGCGUGGGAUCAUUUCACAAAGGCACGAAGGAAGAACAUCACCCAGUGGCAUGGUGCCAUAAAAAAUGUAAGUGUACUCAGUACUUUACUGUUAUAAAGUUUAUUUUGCUGAAUCUUCACAGGCUGCUCCAGAAAAUUUAGAUCAGAAGGUGAAACAAUUGUUACAGUGGAACCUUGAUAUAAUGAACCUUUGUAUACGGAAGUCCUUGGUAUAACAAAUGAUUAUCUUUACCCCAGUAAUAGUAGAACAUAUGGAAGAGUACCUUGAUAUAACGAAACCUUGUGACAGCGUAUAAAUUUUGCCAGUCCCUUGGCACUUUGUUAUAUUCAGGUUUCACUUUAUUAAGUAGGCAGCAAAAGAUUAGAUCAUAAUCCAUGCUUGGGGUACGUAUAUGUGGGAGGAGGGCUGCCCCAUCUUGCGUGAGGGAGUCCAGGCACCUCUCCUGGAAUAUUGUUAAUUUUGGCCGCCCUGAAAAGUACAUUUUAGUGGAUUUUUAGUGGCCAGGGGUAUAAUUUUGCCAUCAGAAUAGCACCUAUGUUUCAUAUUUUCCCCAUAUUCUCUAUAUUUCAUAUCAUAUUAUGUUUUUUUAAUCAAACAUAAGCAUUAAGACACAAAUACCAGUACAUCAGAUUCAUUACCUCUCUUUAAAUUAAUUUUCUGUCAGUACCCAGCUCUUCUGUGAAAUGUAGAUGGGAAUUGAUUGGCCUUCUCGCACCGUUUCUGGAGAACUUCAUAAAAAUCCUUUUUUGCAGAAAUCUGAAAUUAUUUACCCUUACAAAAUGUAAGUGCAAGAUUAUGAUUUUGUGCUUACAGCCAUCUGCCAUGUUAUCAGUUGUAGCCAUCAACCUUCAUGUAUGCCUCUACUGUUAUUUAAACCGCUCAGAACAGGCCACUUCUAAAAAAAAACAGCAACAGCAGGCAAAUCUUUAAUUUCCUUAGCUACAAAAUUUAGUAAAACGUUAUCCAGCUUUUACACAAUGACAAUGUUACAUCAAUAGCAUGCCCAUUUAGCACACGCACAGAACAAUACAGUGAAACCCCGCCUUACGGCCACCUUGGUAAUGCAGUCACCUCGUUAUUCAGCCACUUUUUUGGAUGCCUGGCAAAAUGGCCAUACAUUUUCUUGUAAAAGAAAUCCUUGUUAAUACGGCCAAAUUUUUUUGUCCCCUUGUUGACUGUACUAACAGGGUUCCACUGUAGAAUACAAAUUUAAGGGUUGAAUCUAAUUACAGACUGUUUAAAUACCUGCAAUCAUUGUAGUUAAGGGCAUUUGUUUGUUGUAUCAAAUGUUGAUAGCAAGUGUUAACAUAUAUGUAUUGUUAGUUGCUUGAGAUAAUAUUCAUUCAGAUGAAGACUUGAAAUGGUCGUUACUCCACAAAAUAUCUUGUUGAGUUUCUUUUUUCCGAAAUUUCCUAAGUGGACAAAAGGAAACACAGACCAUACCAAAGCUAAGUUGUAGACUUUUUAUCAUAAAGCUAAUAUUCUUAUAGCUGUCAUACAACUCUUGGCCAAUCUCGUACAUCUUCAGGUCUUUCUAACUUUCCUUGUUGGGUAGGUUAAAGGUGCUAGAAAUUAUAUGAUGCAUUCUUCAACCAAGACUCCUCCUUCUGUAGGUUUAAAGCUGUAGUUCUAUUGAUCGCUUACCCAACAACAUGAACAUUACCAAUAUUUAGUUGUUGUUAAAAGGUAAGAAUCAUAACAUCAAGGAGGUAAGGGUGGUGCAUUGCUGAGAGCACUCGCCACUCACCAGUGUGGCCUUGGCUCAAAUCUCACAGUCAACUCCACAUGGGUUGUGUUAUGUACUCUUUCUUGCUCCAUGAGGCUGCUGGUUUCCCUCUAUCCUCAUUAAUCAAUAUUUUCAGAUUCCAUAUCAUUUGAUAGCAAGGAUGGCACAGUGCUGAGAGUGCUCACUUCCCACCAAUGUGACCCGGGUUCAAAUCCCGAUGUUGACGCCAUAUGUGGGUUGAGUUUGUUGUUGGUUCUCCUCCUUGCUCCACGAGGUUUUUCUCUUUUCUCUUCUCAAAAAACAACACUUCCAAAUUCCAAUUCGACCAGGAAUCAGGUAGACGAAGAACCACUUUGUGGUUGUCCUUCCUCCAAAUCAUUAUUUAUUUAUUUAUUUAUCAGUCUAGGAUACUUUAGGCAAAGAAGCACCUUAAGGAUGUGCUACCACUAAAUGGUUAUUGAUUCAUCAUUUUAUUAAAUACCUUGCCAGUUUUUAGUUUUUCAUUGACAAGUGUUACAAAUGUGAACAUAUUUCCCCCCGCCUCUCUUUGAUAAGUAUUAGUUACAUCUGUACGUGUAUGGGUGAUAAGUUUGACUCUCUCUUUUGGUUUGUUAUUUGAAAGUUGCCAUGGUUAACACUUGCUGGAUUGUUCCUUAAAACAAAAUACAUGCUCCCUGCAUUACACAGCUAUUGUCUAACUGGAGUCUGAUAGUCCGUGCAGAACACAAGAAACAGCCUUUAGUACCAAAUGAUUUCCUUGAGAAACUGAUGUUUCUCAGUUGUUUAGCCUUUUAAGGUCUGUUGAAGGUUUGAUUGUUAUCACCACACAAGCAUGCUACGUUACUGCCAAAAUGUGGGUCACUCAAGUGCCAUUUAUUUUUCCAGUGUGACAAGUGUUCAUGGGGUGUAUUUACUUCCCACAGGAAAAAAAAAAUGUUACAUCCUUCAGUGAUUUUGUGACCUCCAUGUCCUGCGUCUCUGACGCAUAAAAAUCCCCAAAGACAAAAUAAUUUAUGGUAUUCAUUCCAUAGGAUGCAGAGAGAGAUCAAUUGAUCAAUCUAAAGAUGUUUUUCUAGAAUAUCCUGUUUGUGUGAUUUCUGUGCCUGUGCUGUUCUUGUGGCUGUUGUUAAACGACUCAUUUCUUUUAGUCUUUGUUGUGCUUUACAAUAGAAGGAGUAUAUUACUGUAAUUUGGAGUUUUGGAGUCUGUCUUCAGAUUAACUGUGUGGUUACAAAAGGCCCUGGGACUCAUCGUUUUUUGAACUGGGGCUCAUUGGUUCUGGACUGGGACUCAUAAUUUAUCAUAAGAUGAGUCCCGGGACUCACCAUAACUAUUAUUUUGUAACAGAAUCACUGAUCCUUUCCAGUCUAACCCCAUCCCUUCAAAACCAUUCGAGUGCAAAAAAGUAGCACAUCACUGUUUACGUGGUCAUUCUGUAGAGUAUGACCAUCCAAUAACUGCUGUGGCUACAAUCCCUCACUCUUUGAGUGAAUUGGAAGACUGUGAAGGUAAGUCAAUAGCAGUUCUCACUGUUAUCAUUGUGUGCCGUCCCCAGGAGAUCAAAUCAGCCAAAGAGGAUGAGAUCGAGAACCGUGUCGAGGUAGGUAUGGAUUUGGAUGAUGUAGUGCCAACGCUUGGCGGGCUUAUCGAGCAACCUGCACUGCAGACAUCAGCAGAGGGAGAAAAUCAACAGGAUCAAGAGGAAGAUCAAACAAGCCUAUUGACGACAAAAGCCAAGAAGCGGCGAGUGGAAGCUUCAGGUACUGUGUUAUUACACCACGGGCAUCUAUAA